CACAUUAAAAUCCAGCAAGUGUUGUAAACUACCAGGCAGUCACACACGAACAAUUGCAUAAUAUCACAGAAUUCUAUCAUAUUAAUGGGACAAAAUGUGAUCUUUUCCGAACAAUUUGAGGCAUAAUUUCCCUUACAUUUUUAAAGGCAUUGUAAGUGUAUAAAUGGUACAGAAUUUUUUUGUUGUAAAUAUUGUAAUGUUAAGUUCUAUAGAAAGACAUGACAGUAAUGUGUGAAAACGGAAUUGAACAUCCAAGCUCGAUUGAUUGAGCUUUGUGGUAACUAAUGUCCACAACAAGUCUAUGGGAAAACUGAAUAGGAAAUUGACUUUGAAUUGGGUGGUCACUAUUGAGCUCCAUUACUUACAUAUCUGCAGCAAUGCACAUGUUUUUAUUAAAUUCAUAAAAUUUUACAUUUGCUAACUUCCCUGCCCAUUAUCUCCUUCCUGCUCUCUCCUCAACCUCCUUUUUCUAAAUCGAAUACCCUGUCCUCCCCAGACACCAUCAGAGGCCCUGGUCUAAUUGCAACAAGCAGAUUCUUUAUGAGAACAGUGUUUCUGCUGAGAGGAGAAAAAAACAAUGGAAGCAAAUGCUGUUUCUAUUGAUUUGGCUGUGUCUCUGUCCUCCCCCAGCAAUCUGCCCUGUUUACUGUUCCUGUUCAAAAGGCCUGAUAUGUGGGAAGAUUUAGUGUUCGGGGUGCCUGGGUCUCCACAUCUGCAGGGGAAAAUGCAAGUGAUGACCAAAGGAGAGUGAGGCUGGAAAUGAAACCUCCAAACCAGGCAGACAUAGAUUCUCAGGAACGUCACAUGAAGCCAUUUUAAGAAAUCAAUAGGCCAGUGGAUUUUGUAGCCAGAGUGAAAAAGUAAUAUAGGUUGUCUUUGUGCAGCAAUGAAAAUUUUGGAUAUGUUAUUACCUCUUCCGUCUGCAGUCUUAUAGUAGCAGAAACUGUGAAAUUAGUCUGAUUUCAUCCUCUACAGUUAAUACCGGUAAUUGACAUUUUCUUUUACAUGCAAAAAGCUGUUUCUAAUCAUUAGGGAUGCAAUGAUCAAGCUUUUUCAGUUCCAAUAGCGAUGCCGAUACCGAUACUGUGGAUUUAAGUAUCUGCCGAUACCCAAUAUCAACCGAUGCCAGUGCAGAGACUGAAAACUUAAUAUAUUUCCUUAAAAUAAAAAGCUAUGGAUAUUUGAGAUGCUACAAGUUUUUGUUUACACCAUAUGUGGCAGCAAAUGUGUCAGAAGAUCUUCAGAGGAAAACUCUGACGGAAUGAACACAACCGACUGUUGGAUUGUGUGCAAUGAGCUGCUUGUUUUUCUCGUAUCCAUGGAGACUGUGCAAGAGGCUAGCUAAGAAGCUAACUAUGGACAUUAGAGAUCCUACAGGCUUUUUACACCAUAUGUGGCAACAAAAAAGAAAAUAAGAUAAAACUGGUCUGUUUUUCCUCACAAACUACGACAAGUCAAUAGUCUCAUCACUUCAGUUUAAACAGUAUGUCCAAGGGUCUCAGCUGAUCUGAUAUUUGGAAGCUGAUAUCUGAUCCAGCACAUUUUUCAGUGUUGGUCCAUCAGUGUGUCCUUAGUUUGUCUCUGUUGUUUAAGAUACAUUUACAACAUAAAAAAUUACUUUCCUAAAAAAAUGUUUUCAUACUUAGGCAUAGACCCCAGACAUUUUCCUGGUUAAAUUGCUUUUGUAGCCCUUUUUAAACCCAAACCAUCUUAUUGAAGUCUGUAUCGUUUCAUAAAUAUUUCAAGUAUUUAGUACCACUCUAAAUCUUUGCAUUAAAUCAACAGGUGCCACAUGUCGACACCAAUAUUACACAUGGUCCCAUUAUCCUGUGACUCAUGUGGCCGUUUUAUUUGUCUCCCUCGUGAGUCCUUUGGGUGCACUGGGUAUCACGCCUGUACCAGUGACAGAUAAUCUAUGAAAGUAAAUCAGAACAGAGCAGGGCAGUUUGCAGUUGCUGAAUGGCCCACCACUCUCCCCUGCUGUUCCCCUCAGCCUAUUAGCGAGUCUAAUGUGGCCAUUUAGUCCUGUCUAGCUGACUCUUAAAAUGUAGUUACAUUGUAGCAAAGUUAGUCUGAUAAUCGGAUUUCUACUGGCAUUUUUGUUAGGUUGUUUAGGUUACGUUCUCAUGACAUUUACUAUAUAAAUAAUUCACUGGAAGGUAGGAUUCUAUGGUAAUCGCAUUUUGCUUUAAAGGUCCUAUAUUACGCAAAAUUGAUUCUUUUGAGCUUUAAGCCAAGUUAUAAUGUUGUGACCUCAUCAAAAACAUACCUGAAGUUAUGUUUUAUUUCAUUCACACGUUUGAAUAACCCUUUAUUAUUAAUCUGUCUACAUCUCUGAAGUUCAAAAUGCUCUGUUCCACCUUGUGAUGUCAUGUGUAGUCAUGUGUUUUUUCCUCUAGUUCAGUAAAGAUUGGCAGUUCCAGGGCUGAAAUUAUCCAAAUGAUUCUAGUGGUUUAUGUACUUUUAAAGCACCACGGAGCACUGUGUAUUACCAUAUGACAUGACAAAGUGGAGUGUUUUCAGUUUUGAGAAAAGACCUCACCCUAAAAAUGUAGGGUUUGUAUGAUAAAUAUGAGUGAAUGGAGCGAAAUAAAACACAACUCUAAGUAUGUUUUUGAUGAGGAAACAUUAUAGACCAGAAUAUAGCAUAAUAUGUGCCUACUAAGUGUCAGGAUGCAGAUUUUUUAUGUAUUGGCAUUUAAUAUUUGCACUACCAUUGGACUUAUCCACAUGAAACUAAAACAAAGUUCAAUAUGCAUUCUCUGUCAGCAAAAACAGCUUCCAAAGGUGAUGGCACUAUUCAAACACAAGCACCCAUGACCCCAUGACCCUUUCCAUUAAUAAGAUGACAAUACUGAAGUAUAGGUGAAACUUCAAGUCACAAGUACAAGAUUAUGAACCACUCAACCAUUUUUAAGGUGAUACUCUUACUGACUGCAUCCUAAAUCCAUUGUAUAGCCAACCACCCUGAACAUGUCCCUUCAGAGGAGCCUGACAUUGGCACGCAAUGAGGAGAGCUAAUCAAAAGCUUGUGGUUGUGCAAAGGGGAGGCAGAGGUCAAAGCGGGACAUUGAUUUGAGCUGUAAUCCCGAUGAGCACAGGUUUAUGGCUGAUGUCUGUGUAUCUUUUUCCCACUCAUCGCUUGCCAGUGUGUGAACGCCAUGGAUGGUUUGCUUUAGUCUUUCCGUCAGCAUGACAGGUAGAUGAGGUUGUGAAUAAAGAGUUCCGUCUUCUCAUCAAUAGUUAUCAAGGUCAGGGUCAGGGAGAGAGACAGGAGGUGAUUUAUUUGGGGAAGCAGAGGGUGGAGCGUGAAGCUGCUGGAGAAGUGCAGAACGGUGACUGCGUGCAAUAAGGACACAUCUCCAAACUGAAGGAGAGGACCAAAAAGUGUGGAUGGAAUAAGUUGGUCCUGAAGGUACAAUAUUUAUAGUUUAUUUUGGCUUUAAAUGUGCACUGUGUAACUUUUCUGGUAGGGAGCUUUUCUUAAUGGAGAUAUUAUUACAUGUAAUGUUCCAUAGUAUGAAAUUAAAAAUUUAUAAUCUUUUUUUUUAUUUUUACACUGUCUUUACUGCUCAAAAAUACCUUGAAAAUCAUGGAUUCAUAAUGUGAGCAGGGUUGCUUCUCCACAGUUCUGGUAGUGACAGUUCUGGUAUUGACCAGUGAUAAAUCUUAACAUUAUCUGCAUGUUUUCUUGGAAAUAAUUAAGUUAAAUGCCAUACUAUGGAACAUUGCAACCAAAGCAAGAACAUCUAUACUGGCAAAAGCAGAUGGUGGACCCUCUACCAGCGAAGUUACGUAGUGCACCUUUAAUUCAAGUUCUGUAAUGUUGGUGUAAUUUGGGUGCUAUGCUACCUAUAACUUUGUAUCUUGCUGUAUUCUGUGCUGUCCCUUUCCACCUCACAUCCAAAACUGGCACAGAUAAUCCCCCACUCAAGUCUCAGGAGGCACCAGGCUAAUCAUGCCUUCAAAAAUAAUUGGAGUCAUUUAAAAAGCAGAGCAUGAAUGAUAUUGGUUAAUGCAAGCUUAUUUCCCCCAAAGAACAAUCCAAAGACAUAUUACAUGUACCAACAUUUUUGUCUUUAUCUGGUAUAGGCACAUUUUAUCACUCGAUUAGGGUGAUGACUUGUAUUGCUUGUUGUUUGUAUUGCUGUUGUUUGAGUGCAGCUGUGUUUGUGUUCUUGGACAAGACACAUCACCCAAACCCUGAAUAUUUAGAAUGAGUUAUUUUCUCAAAAACACUGUUCAACUUUGUGAUGUUUUAUGGUAAUACGGUAAUAAAGUGCUAUAUUGUGUUUUUAAACUCCAUAUGCUUUCACUAGAUCACUAAUCAUUUGGAUGAUUCCAGCCAUGAAAAUGCCAGUAUCUACUGAGCCAAAGGUAAAAGACCUACACUCAGCAGCAGCAGCAGCCGUAUCAGUGGAGGAGGGACGAGAGAGAGGGACCCUCGGAGCAAAGUUUGAGGCGGCCGACAUACACUGGACCCAAGAACAGCUAUUGAGGAGGGAGCCCGGAGCAAAGUCGAUAUGCAGAAAUCAGGACAUGUUCAGGGCUGAUUUAACUGGAGCUGUUGCGUAUUACAUCUUCUGGAUUGGAAGCUGCAGCUACACUCCCAUGUCUACAACAAAAACUACUUCUGACUAACAACAAUGAACACUGAAAUGCCCUCUUCUAAAUAUCCCACUCAUUUCAUUCCUCUUGUUACCCUUGUCAACUGAGCUCGUUUUAAAAUCCCAAACAGAGAGUGGAAAAGAGGGCCUAUAAGCACUCUGACCUACUUAAUACAGCUGAACUUGCCAGACAAAAAGGGUAAAAGUUUGUGUGUAUAGCAGGAGACCACAGCAAAGUGAUGCCCUGCUUUGUAGUCAACACCACUGAUCUGGUGACCCUGUGAUCCAAUUACACACAGACCCAUGCGUGUACAUGCAGUGCGGACACACCUGUUGCUGCUGCCGUGGUUCUUUCACACAUUUACGUACCGUACAAAUCAGGAAAUACAGUGUCCCUGUACCGUCUCUACUGAUUGAAACCCAUCUAUGAUCCAUUAGCUCCCUGCAGAGAGAGCAGCCUUGGCCACAAUCACACACGUGUUUGUCUCAGCAGGAACAGGAGCUUUUGUCUGCUCCUAUCUGUCCAUGUCCAUAGUGAAGAUGAUCCCUGGUGUGGCAGUGUGACCUGUAUACCCCAAAUAACAAGCCCCCCCCAUCAGCUUCAUCAGGCAGCUUAGAAACAGUCUAUGUUUAACAACAGAUUGGGGUGAGACAGUUGACAAGUUGUCAGGGUAGAUUAAGGGCAGACCUGUCCACUCUUGUCUUCACAGACCUACAUCUAUCAAACUGAACAUCAGCCCAAUUGAAUAAAUUACGGUAAUUAAGUUGUAUAUAGCAUAAUAUCGUAUAGAUUUUUUUUUCCAUUUUAAGAUUAACUUUUCAAAUUUAGUUUGAUAAAACAAUAAAUAGUAUCUCAUGAACACAUUUUCCCUGCUCCCCACGCUCCCACCAAACACUCCCACACUCCAGUCAGUGUGCAGACCGUGCCUGAGGGCCCCGUGGAGGAUGAACCAUGCCCCCACGCUGGACUAUGAGUUGCUGCUGUCCCCAGCCAGCUCAUCCCUGGGAGGCAGCUCUGGAGGGGGCAGCAGCAGCCCGCCGGUGGCCCUGGUCGGGGUGGACAACGAGCAGCGUACGGCCUUGGCCUUCGUAGGCCUUCUCAUGCUGUUCCUCAUCUUCCUGUUGGUCAGGUGCUUCAGGAUCCUGCUGGACCCUUAUAGCCGCAUGCCUGCAUCAUCCUGGACUGACCACAAGGAGGGGCUGGAGAGGGGACAGUUUGAUUAUGCACUAGUGUAACAUAGACACUUUUAUCUAUACUGUGUUAUGACUAUGAGGGUUUCCUAGAUAAUAUCUUAGGUCUUACUGCAGGGGAAAUUACUUUUUAUAAAGACAGGAAUCAAGAGAGCCACAAUGUUCUGUAAUUGACAGAGCUUUUGAUGAAGCUGCCUUAACUUGUAACAUUACAAAGAUGUAAUAACCUAAAUGCCACAUCAGGGCAACAUUCAAAAUGAGUUUAUGAACUACAGUAUGUCAUUGUGGCCCUGCAGGUCUGUUACUGCGGUCAUCUUAUUGACUUGUUUGCCCCUUUAAACCAUUAGGACACACACUUGUGCUAAUUGCUUAUUAGAAGCCUCAGAUGUUUGAAUAUUAUAAUUAUUUAACUGAACUGUUCAGAUGCUUCCAACAGUUUGAGCUCGUAGUUUAUUUUCAUCAAAUGUUGUCUGUGUGUCUCUGUGUCUAAACUGAGAAGCCAUAUUGAAUUUACUGUAAUCUCUUGUAGAGUCUAUGUCACAUGGUUGUAAACUUUGCUUUAUUCAGCCUAUCAAGUGUGCUGCUAACGAAGCAAACUGCAACCUUUCUGUAAAACAAAGCUUUAUUUUUCUACCCUGAACUCCAGUUUGGAGCCUCUGUUUUGCUAUGUCUCUGUCCUUCCUCUUUAAUAGUGUGUAGGUUUUGGAGCUUGUAAUGCAGCCA